AUGUCGAGAAUCAGGCCCAAGAUAUUGAUUUGGUGGAUCAGAGACGGAUGGUCACAAACGGAGAUACAUGGAGAUAUGUUCAAUGCGAUGAAAGACGUCGUUCGCGUGAUAAUGUGUGGGUAUGUCAAGGGGAGAAUCGGUACACACUUUGGGAGGGAAAGAAUGUGGUUAUAUAGUCAGCCCCAGAGAGAAAAGAAGCCAGUUGAUGAAGACGGGGAGUCGACGAUGGUGGGUGGGGGGGGAGAAGUUGGUGAGGUUAAAGAAGAAGAAGAGGAAGAGGAGGAUGAGGAGGAUGAGGAGGAAGAGGAAGAAGAGGAAGAGGAAGACAAAGGAAGAAGAUGA